AUGACAUAUAGUGUAUAUCCACCAUUGCAUUUUAAAAAAGGAUAUACAUUACUUGAAUUAUGUUGUUACCAUGGAGCAGUUGAUUGUUUCAAGUUUUUAAGAACGAAAUUUAGCUCAGAAAUAACACAAGAAUGUCUAGAAUUUUCAUUUUUAGGCGGAAAUCAAGAGAUCAUGGGUGAAUGUUUGAAAUAUAAAAAACCAUGUGGCUAUUGCAUGGAUAAUGCAAUUAUUUCACACAAUAUCGAUUUUGUUACAUUCUUGGUGAAUGAAUACGGCUAUAAAAUCGAUGUAAUUCCUUGUGGACAGUCUAAUAAUCUUGAAUCAUUUUUAGCUUAUUUCGAUCAAACUAAUAAUAUUCACAGAUGUUUUGCUUAUUCGGCGAUGUUUGAAAUACCAUCUCUUUGUGAAUAUUUCCUUUCACUUGGUACAAAUAUUAAUAUAAUGGGAGAAUUUGGAUCAGCUCUUCACAUUGCAGCAAAGCAUAAUUGUAUAGAGAUAGCUGAAUUUCUUAUAUCGCAUGGUGCAAAAAUCAAUAAUAAUAAUAAUAAAAGCGAGGAAGCACACCUCUUCAUAAAGCCGCACAAUAUAAUAACAAAGAAAUAG